AUGGGGUGUGGGACCCUUAGAGCGGAAAACUCCUCGAGAGUGAACGGUCACCCACAAGGUGGGAAGCUGGAUAAUGUAAAGCUGUGGACGGGCAGCGGUGAGUUCAACAGCGAUAGUUUCAAGGUGCUAUAUUCAGGUGGAGUAAAACACGAACGAGGAGUUGCUCUGAUACUGGACAGAGAAAACGCGAAGAGCUUGCUAGGAUGGUGGGCUUUGUCAGAUAGAGUCAUGAUGAUAAAGUUGAAAGGUAAACAAAUAGAUCUCAGCAUCAUUCAGGUAUAUGCACCAACGACUGCAAGUAGUGAAGAAGAGAUUGAUGAAUUCUACAACACAUUGGAGAAAGCUAAAACACAAUGUAAGUCGACAGAUGUUACAGUCAUAAUGGGGGACCUAAAUGCAAAGGUAGGAAACGAGGCAGAAGGAGAAACAGUUGGAAAGUUUGGUCUUGGUACACAAAAUGAAAGGGGAGAAAAAUGGGUUCAGUGGUGUAAAGCAAAUGAGUAUGUAUUAACCAAUACAUGGUAUGAACAACAUCCACGAAGAUUAUGGACAUGGCUGAACCCGGGAGACGAUUUUAAGAACCAGAUUGACUACAUUGCUAUCAAGAAACGGUAUAGAAGUGCAAUUAAGAACUCAAAGGCAUACCCAGGAGCAGACUGUGGUAGUGAUCAUAACCCAGUCAUAUGCGAGUUAAAGCCUUAA